AUGUCUACGUUCAAGUUUCUGGGGAUAGCGACGGUGAAGGCUCUGGAUACACUGCCAUUAUCGCUGCUGGUGGUCAUCUUUCUCGCCUGUCUGGCCUUGCUCCAAUGGCCGUUCCCUCCAUCCCCUUCUCUACUCCCUACUCAUACCCCUCCGACAUACUCUGAAAAACUCGCCGGCUCGCAUACAUUCCCCUCCAACCCCUUCCCCGCCGCUUCCUCCCAAAAAGCUCUCGGCCAUGGCCACCCCCAAACCCAGUUGUACACUGUGGCUGUGACGACGGUGAACGGCCAGCAGCAGGUGGUGCAGGUCUUGCAGCCGUCGGGCAAGGGAAGGAAUGUGAGGAGGGGGAGUAAGCAGUUGAGAGAGUACAGAUCCGGGCUGGGCGUUUUGGAGGAAGUUGAUGGGGAGGAAGCUAGGGAGGUUGUUUGA